AUGUCUUGUUGCACCUGCGGUGCAGGAGAUAAACACAUAGCUCCUCCUCCGAGUAGUCAAGUAGGACCGGGAGCAUUGCCUCGUCUAGGUCACGCGUUGCUGGCCACUAAGAAUGCGGUUCGUGCAGGCUCGGGAAAUGUUAGAGGCGAGAGCGCGGAGGAAUGGAGCGGUAUGUUCGCGGCUGACUCUCGGAGGCGAGUUUGGCCUAACGGUGCCGAGGUGGAGAAUCAGAACUCGAUGGUAUGGAUGCCAAGCGCGUUCUCAGGAGCGCAGCCAGCGCUGGCGGAUGAGGAGCUAGCAGGACUCGACGAUCAAGAACGACCUUAUUUCCGUUACCCCACCGCAGCAACGCAGAAAGCAAGCGCAGCCGCGCAGGGAGGGACCACAGCAGCCCGCGGAACCCUAGCAGGAUCAGCAUUAGCAGCAUCAUCAGGAACAAAUGCUGAAUCGAGGGAGGCGAAGCCAGGAGUGAUCGAACUGUCUGCGGCCACUCUGCCGCACGUGCUGCGACUCAGGCCCACGCUCGUCAUGUUCUACGCGCCCUGGUGCCCCUACUGCCAGCGCAUGGAGGCAGCAUGGGCGGCUCUGGCUGAGAAGCUGCACCAGGAGAGCUUCAACGUGCAGGUGGCUCGAGUGGAUGCGUACCGAUACCCUGAGCUCACUGACAAGUACAAGAUUCCGGGCUUCCCCACACUCAUGCUGUUCAACGGAGAGAGGCCCGUCGCAACGCACAGGGGGAGGAGGAACCUGGAGGCACUGUUUUCAUUCGUGGAAAAACACUUUUAG